AUGCUCACAAACCCACAAAACUCUACAGCGCCGGCUUUGGGCUCCGAAAGAACAGAAGAGGCCAGAGACAACACUGACGUCAUCGGUGGCCUUAAAAGUCAAAUUGAGCAGCAGAUAUCUAGCCAGUGGGAAGAGGUUGAGAACCAAGUAACUGAAAGCCACAAACACAUGAUGGAGCUGCUGUCUGCUUUUCAGGAGCGCAGAGCGGUGCAGGUGCAGAUGCUGGAGAACGCUGUGUGGAACUGGAAAGCGCUGGAGGAAUUUCACAGCAUCACCUCUGGCAUCACGUGCCUCCAUCUUGUGGUGUUCCUCAGCCCCUACAGGUGGACACAGGUGCUACAGCCCGUGGCUCGGGGAGAUAUCGGAGAUCGGUACAAAGACUGGAAAGGAGGAGAGACAGAGAAGCAGCCACAGCCCUGCUUCAACCUGAAGAACAUGAACGCGAUGACAAAACCGUGGGGGAAACGCUGCAUGUAA